CACGACACGGAUCUGUUUUAAUCAAAUCUAAACAUUAAUCCAAUAAUAUUGUAAAAAUGAUGCAAGAAUAUGAAGACGACUUUUUAUUUGAAGAGGAUAAAAUCUUAUCUUAUGUUUGAGUUCGUCCGUUAUCGAUGUGGCAGCAAAACGAACUGUAUUUCGAUCCAAGGAUUUACCCGCUGUUGCACGACACCAUGGCGCGGUGUACGUUCGAAGAUCGAAUGGGUAUGAUCGUGACGUCUGGUAGCGUCGUGCUGAGUAAAGAUGAAAAGAACUUGAUAGGUAUCAGCAUCGGUGGUGGAGCUCCAUUGUGUCCAUGCCUUUACAUCGUACAGAUAUUCGACAACACUCCAGCAUCCAAGGAAGGCACCCUGCAGAGCGGUGACGAGCUGGUCGGUGUCAAUGGGCAGUCCGUAAAAGGAAAAACCAAAGUUGAGGUCGCGAAAAUGAUACAGUCGGCCAAGGAUGAAGUAACAAUAAACUAUAACAAACUCCACGCCGAUCCCAAACAAGGGAAAAGUCUAGAUAUAAUCAUGAAGAAGAUGAAACACAGAUUAGUAGAGAACAUGUCUUCGGGGGCCGCUGAUGCCCUUGGAUUAUCGAGGGCUAUACUGUGCAAUGACACGCUGGUAGCGAAACUGGACGAGCUGAGGGAAACCGAGAAUACAUACAAGAGACUCGUGGAGCAUUCUAAGAGAAUGUUAAAGUCGUACUUUGAUUUACUGCAAACUUACAAAGCUGUCGGGGAUAUAUUCUCGGCGAUCGGAGUGAGAGAGCCUCAGGCUAGAGCUUCCGAGGCUUUCUCGAAGUUCGGUCAAUAUCAUAGACUGCUCGAACGAGACGGCAUUAAAAUGUUGAAAACUCUAAAGCCGAUCCUGUCUGACAUGGGCACUUACUUGAACAAAGCUAUACCGGACACCAAAUUGACGAUAAGGAAAUACGCGGACACGAAAUUCGAGUACUUGUCCUACUGUCUGAAGGUUAAAGAGAUGGAUGACGAGGAAUACGGGUAUAACGCUCUGCAGGAGCCUCUGUACCGAGUGGAGACCGGGAAUUAUGAAUAUAGGUUGAUAUUGCGUUGUCGCCAAGACGCCAGAACAAGAUUUGCCAGACUCAGAUCGGACGUUCUGGUAAAGCUGGAGCUUCUAGAGAAUAAGAAAGCGCAGGACGUCGCCCAUCAACUCAAAAAGUUCAUUCAGGGACUGGCCGUUUACCACAACGAAACCUUAGAGCAUUUAAUGGAGAAUUCUACAUUGUUCCCAGUCGAAGUUGACCUCUCGCAGAACUGUUUUCAGUAUAAAUCGGCAGGUCAAAUUAGUGAGGACGUCCAAGAUGAAGAUAUAGAAUACGCAAAAGAAAUACAAGAGUACCACGAUUUGUCUGUUAACGACACGAGAGAGGCGAAGUUGAUGAAGAAACGUCAGACGGACGACAAUGAGCACAAUGACGCUACCGAACAGCUUCUCCCGGGUAUCGACACCGUUGACAUUGACAGAUCCGAGAAUAAUGACGUUUCGGACAACUUGACACUCCUGACAGAGCUAGGGCUGGCGGACGCGGGAGCCAAUGACGAAUUCGGGAGCUUCCAAAACGGACUGAUGGACGAUUUCAUGCCGAAGAGCAGCAGCGACGUCGAUGACGUAUUCGAUAAGCUAUUGAACGAUUUGAGUAUCGGAAAAUAAAUAGAUUGAAUAAAGAGAGCUUUUUUUUUAAUUAUGU